AUGGCAAUUCUCGAGACGGGCCAUGCAGUCCAAGUCUCCACAGUGCAGCGCUGGCUUGCGCAGCCAUCUCGCUUAGCGAAAACAAUGCGGAUCUGUCUGCCUCACAAGGACAUCAGCGACGAUACAGCGUCGCUUCUGAGUGCUUUGACCUUGCAGUGCUGCAAUUUGCAAAUGCUCCAGCUUCCUGGGAACCGGAUCGGCGAUCACGGAGUCUCUUGCUUGGCGGAAAGCCUGAAGCUUCUUUCAGCAUCCCUGCAGAUCUUGGAUCUCAGCGACAACUGCCUGUCAGGGGUUGGUGCAAAGAAGCUGGCGCGCAUGUUCUUCGGAUGCGAGGGAGGCGCAGCGCCACGCUUGCAAGUCAAGCCUCGGUUCCGGUUGCUGGACCUGUCGAAAAACAAGUUGGAUGAUCAUGGGGUAGCAGGUGUGGCCCGGAACAUUGCAGCAGGAAAGGUGCUUGCCAAGCAAACACUUCUUCGGCUGCAACAAGUGGGAUGCAGCAGUCAAGGGCUCGCCGACUUUGCCGGAUGCCAUCUAGCCGGACUCGACAUUGGAUACAAUGCACUGGGCCUCGAUGGUGCCAGGACGCUUCUGGCAGCCAGGCGCAGGAAUCGGUGGCAGUCGUUGCGAAUGUCAUGUAUUUCAGAUGGAGCGAAAGCCUCCGAACCUCUCAGCUGGUCAGCGCUGGCAGCUCGCCAGGCCGGUGGCUUUGACUGCCUGGAGAAGGGCCUGAAUGAUUUCGAGUGUAAUGGCAACCAUUUUGGCGAGAACGCUUGCUGCUGCCUCGCUGAAAACAUGAGCAAAUGGAUUCCGACCUUGCGGCGGCUCGCCCUCUCCAGCACAGGAGUUGGCCUUCGGGCCUGUGGUGCGCUGGGUCAGGGACUCUGGCCUGGGGCAGGGCUCGCCAGUCUGAAGAUCCUGGACCUUUCCAACAAUCAACUGAUCGAUGUGUCGGUUGAGUUGCUGUGCAACGGUCUUUCCAGAUGCAUAUCCCUUCAAGAGGUGCAGCUAUCGCACAAUGCAAUUGGAAGUCGUGGUUCGAUUGUGCUGGCUGGCGCCCUGCAGGCGCAGAGGCGCUUGGCGAUGCCCCCGCACACAGGCAUCAAGAUACUGGGGCUCAGCGGCAAUCCUGUGGGCGAUGGUGGUGCGAAAGCCAUAGCGGCUGCUGCUGCCGCCAGCACCCAGGAUCCACGCUGCUUAGGCUUCGAAGCUUCCUGGGGCUUGGAGCAGCUAGACCUGGCUUGCACCCAGGUUGGUUUGGAGGGAUGUGAUGCCCUGGCCGGUGCCGUCGCUGCUCGAGCAGCACUGGCCGACAAAGCAAGCCGCCGCCUUGCGGAGAUCCCGUCAGCAGAGCUACUGGAAAGAUGCAGCAGGCUGCACCCAACAGGGCUGACGGUUCUUGGUCUGGACCAAAUGGACGUGAGCAAUGCCGAAGUCGCAGAGAUGCUGCGCACGGCCUGUUGCCGUAUGGCAGCCCAUUGGCCCACGAGCCAGGCUGUCGUGUCAUCGUGGCUCAGCCUCCAAGACGACAUCGGUGACCUGCAGGACUCAAACUUGGAAGCAGACGAGCUGGCACAGAAGGAGGUGGGCCUUGGGCACAUCAAGCUGGAUGAGUUUUACUUCAGCCGAGUCUUUAAAGAAAGCGACCCAAUGUCACAAAAGCCGAUAUCUUCAGAGCGGGCAGAACAAGUUGCGCAUGCAAAAUCCGAUGUGCUUGGGGAGACGGUUCAGGAUGGAUCUGCCGGCGUAAGCUCGACACAACAAAGAGCAGCUCCUGCCAAAAGUAAAGGCAAGUCCACCUGUGCCAAGGGCAUGGGCCCACCUCCCAAAGGGAAGGGCAGGGGCUCAAACUCUUCAGCCAAGGGAAAAGGCAAGGGCAAAGAGGCCAAGGAGCGAGAAGAAGGCAAAGCCAAAGGAACGGCCCCGUUUGGACGGAGAAUGCAUUGGGUGCAGCCCCAAUACCAGCAACCUGAGCACGACACUGUGUUUGGCGAUGCAGAUGCUGCGUUUGAUUUGGAUACGGAUGCAUUAGCAUCCCUGCUUAACGGUACCAGAACAAACACUGCGCCGAAGAGUCGUGCCUCACAGCACAAGAAACCUGAAGGGAUAAAGGUUCUCGAUGCUUCAAGGGCACAGAACAUCGCCAUCGUUUUGAGCAAGCUUCCAGUGUCGUCCGAGGACGUGUGCGAAGCGCUAGGGUCACUUGAUUUUUCUCGGCUUGCACUUUCGGAUGACAUGGUGGAGCUGCUGACGAGUGUACUCCCGACGCCAGAAGAAACACAAAAGCUGCAGAGCCAUAAGGAUUGUCCGGAGCAGUUGAGGGACAUUGAGCAGAAGGUUUUGCCUUUCUGCUUUCUGCCCCGGGCAACUGCUCGCUUGAGACUUUUUCGGUUUGCCGCUUCGCACGCAGAAAGUGCAGCAACGUACCUGCAACGGUGUCGCACCCUUGAUCUGGCAGCGAUGGAAGUCAAAAGCAGCCAAGAGCUGCGGAAGGUCCUGGCUCUGAUUCUGCGCAUCGGCAACUACAUCAACCAUGGAAUGAAGGACAUGGGUGGCGGUGCCUGUGCUUUCUCCAUUGAGACAUUAGCUGCCAUUACAAGUUUUAGACUUGGCAGCAUGUCCACUCUCCAGUUUCUCUGCGUGACCUUUCGCCGAGCAAAUCCCGGUUUUCUUGACGCCUUACAGAUGAGUCUAAAGGAUGUUCAAAAGGCGGCCAGGGAGAAGAGCGUGCAUUUAAAGUCCUGCAUCCAGGCCUUCCAGAAAGAAGUUGACUUCGCAGAAAGGGAGGUGUCCUUAAUGCCGGAGGAUCAGCUUGCUUCAGAGGUCACGAGCAGACUUCUGCAAGACUUGCAUGCAGAAGCUCUUGAGUUGGAGAACUCACUGGCGAUAGCUUUUGGUAAGUGUGACGAGGUGCAAGAAUACCUUUGCACAUCCGAGGACAAGGCAACCGAUGCGGCUCCACCUCCCUACGAGAAUUUGUUCCUGCACCUGUCCGACUUCCUUGAGUCCUUUCAGAAAGCUUGGAAGGAGACGGAACCUGUUCCCAGUCAAAAAAAUCGAUUGCCGUCGAAGCAAAAGACACGCCAGCAGCGCGAACCUUCCGAGAAGCUCCAAGAAGGCGUGAGCUCGAAGAUCAUGGCCAAAGCCAGUCUGCCGAUCUGCCGCAGGGCCUACCCUGACCCAAAGGAACCAGUGCCAGGGCGAGAAAGUGCGAAAAGUUUGCGGCAAGUUGAUGCUGCACAAGAGCUGGUUUCCUCCACGCACACAAAGCAGGGCCCCUUCUGGGCGGUGGAUCUUGAUGUAGAGGCACUACUCAGUGACAUUUUCGCAAAUGACGGCGAUGAGGAGGUGGCAAUGUCAGAAGCGACACCAGGAUCAGUUCGUGAUCAUUCAAGAUCCUUUGAGUGUACAAGCACAGAUCAAGCUAGAAAGAAGCACUUGUCCGGCGAACCCUGCACAGAGGUACGUGAAGAUGUCGACGUAGAUGACUUGAUUGACAGUAUCUUCGACUAG